AUGCCAGCCCAGCAGAAGAAAAUAAUCUUUUGCAUAGCUGGGGUACUGAGCUUUGCUUGCGCACUGGGGACAGCGGCAGCCAUCGGCACACAGCUGUGGGUUAAGGGGACGAUACUCUGCAAGACUGGAGCCCUGCUUGUCAACGCCACUGGCCAGGAGCUGGAGAAGUUCAUUGGUGAAAUCCAGUAUGGGCUUCUCUAUGGUGAGCGUGUGAGACAGUGUGGACUUGGGGGGAGACCUUUCCAGUUUUCAUUUUUUCCAGAUUUGCUCAAAAUUAUCCCUGCAAGUAUCCAUGUUAGUGUCAUUCUCUUCUGUACAGUACUGAUCAUCUUUGCUCUGGUGGGAGCAGGUUUCUUCAUGUUCAAUGCUUUUGGCAGCCCAUAUGAAACUCUGCAUGGCCCUGUUGGGUUGUACCUCUGGAGCUUCAUUGCAUGUAACAUUUGGUUGCAACAUACAACACAUGGCCUUGCCAAGAUGAUUAACACCUCCCCCUCUUUUUCAGGUUCCUGUGGGUGCCUCAUUAUGAUUCUAUUCUCUUCAGAAGUGAAAAUCCACCACCUUUCAGAGAAAAUUGCUAAUUUCAAAGAGGGAAGUUUUAUAUUCAAGACUCACAGUGAACAGUUUGCAAAUUCAUUCUGGAUCAUCCUGGUUUGCUCCCUGGUGCAAUUCCUGAACACUUUGCUAAUACGGUUUGCUGGAUUUGAAUGUCCCUUUUCAAAAUCAAAAGAUUCAGGGACCAUCACUGGAGCAGCUGACCUGAUGUAUUAG